UGGAAAAGCUCCGAGUGGUAAAGCUGCCUCUGCUACAUGCACACUGCCUUCCAUUUCCCCAGCCUCUCUUUGUACUUUAUUGUGCAUUAUAGCAAUUUCCUCUGCAGCUAGACUACUGUGCAAGCGCUCGGUGCAACAAGUUAGCAGGAGCCGUGCGUGUGCAGGUUGACUUGGCUCCACUCUCUCUGUCGCCACAAAGUCCCUGUACGUGAACGCGGCGUCGCAGGCACACACGCGCAGCACAGUCACAUUGUGCCAUACAUUCGUGACUCCGCGCCAGAUACAGUUUUCUCUCAACACGCGCGUGUUGUUGUAGUUCAAUGGAGAUCUCGGAGGCAAGAGGAGCAUCUAAGUGCGUGGAAAAAAUGGAGAAAGAAGUGGCGCCUCAGAAGCGACAACACUGCCGCACAACAGUGGUGAACAUUAUCUCGUCUUUAUGCUCAGUGGCGUCCAUCGCCUUUUGCAUUCUUCUGAGCAUUAACACAGCUGACGUGAAGAACCGGGUUGUGGAUUUGGAGAGUGGGAAUGACGAGCACACCUUGAUCCGAGCCCCGGGCUACUCCAUGGAUGAUUUUAAUUCAUUGAUUGAGCAACGAGUGGAUGAUCUGCUCUCUCAGCGUUCCUAUGAACAAUUUGUCAAGAUCCGGACUGCCAGACAAGCAUCUCCUGAAUGCAGCUGCCCUCCAGAGCUGGGUGGCAUGUCCUCCACAAAAGACGGCUCACAAACUCCCUGCCUCAUCUGCCGGCUGCCCUCUGACACUGGAUAG